CACCUAGUAAGAAGUAACCGUCAGCUUCAAUAAUCUCAGCCAUCCAACUGUUGAAACUUGAAAGUGAAACUCUGUACUUUCCCCACUAAAGAUAUCUCUACUUCAUUCAUCUUCUAAUUUUCAUUUAAACCAGAGAUUUUUUUUCUAAAUCUCAUAUAAAUUCCUUAAUCCUUAAACAAAUAUGAUGAUUAUUCCAAAUAAUUUGCUUUCAUUAGUCACUCUGUUAUCAAUCAUCUUACACAAUGCUGCUCUUAUCUCUGCUUCUUGCUAUAAUAAACAAUGCAAGGUGCUGGAAAGUUGCUCUAGAAAUUCAGAUUGUGGUGCUGGAUUGUACUGUUCCCAAUGUCGAUAUCCAAGGCCAAGAUUCAGUGGUUCAAAAUGUGUUAGAUCAACUGCCACUAAUCAAUUCAAACUAGUGAAUAACUCUAUGCCUUUCAACAAAUAUGCAUUUUUAACUACUCACAACUCCUUUGCCAUUGAUGGAGAGCGCCACAACACCAAAGCUCCUAGAGUAACCUUCAGGAAUCAAGAAGAUAGCAUCACAGCACAACUACAUAAUGGUGUUCGAGCCCUGAUGCUGGAUACGUAUGACUAUAAAGGAGAUGUAUGGUUGUGUCAUUCUUUUAAAGGCCGAUGCCACUCCUAUACAGCAUUUGAACGUGCCAUCUAUACAUUCAAGGAGAUUUCAGCAUUCAUGACAUCAAAUCCAUUAGAAAUUAUAACACUUAUCUUAGAAGACUAUGUUAAGACACCAAAGGGUUUGACAAAAAAAUUCGAGGAAUCAGGCUUAAGGAAGUAUUGGUUCCCUGCCUCAAAUAUGCCCAAGAAUGGCAAUGAUUGGCCCUUGGUUAGCCAUAUGAUUGCCAAAAAUCAGAGACUUGUUGUAUUCACCUCCGAUAGGACCAAGGAAGCAAGCGAGGGCAUUGCUUACCAGUGGAAUUACAUGGUUGAGAACCAAUUUGGAAGUACGGGAAUGGAACCGGGAAGGUGUCCAAAGCGUAAGGAGUCGUCUCCAUUGAAUGAUCAUUCUAAAUCUUUGGUAUUAGUAAAUCACUUCAAAACAGUUCCCUUGAAGCUAACAGCAUGUGAGCACAACUCCAGAGAACUGGUUGAGAUGCUAAAAACUUGCUAUGCUGCUGCUGGUAACCGUUGGGCUAACUUUGUAGCUGUCGACUACUACAAGAGGAGUGCUGGCGGAGGGGUGUUUGAAGCGGUUGAUGUCCUGAAUGGAGAGCUGCUAUGUGGUUCCCCUAACAUUCAUUCGUGUGUGGCAAAACCACCAAGGUGAUCAAGGCCUUGUAAUUACUAGUUAGAAGACAUCCGUAAUUAAUUAAUUAUGGGAGGAUGAGUCGAAGGAUUUUUGAAGCUUGAUAUCAGCAGUUGAGUUUAGAUGUAUAAAUACUUAUUUCCAUUUUGGAACACUGUUGGGUAGCUUAACUGAGCUUUAACUGUUUACCUCAGUCAUGUAAUCUGAGUCUGGUUGUACUUUUGACAAGGUAUUCACUAAUAAUAGUAACAUCAUGUUUAAUACGAA